AUGAGAGACGAAGUCAGAUCGUUUUGUCUGAAAGUCACCACUUUUGUCAGAACGGCCACAAUCUUCACAAUAACUCAUGUGGGCCUCUGUUUCCUCGUGGCUCUGUACGCAGUCGCCGGUGCAUUUAUGUUUCAGGCAGUCGAACAUCCAUAUGAGAUGGGAUUACAGGGAAAAGUUAGGAACGCGUCGAUGAAAGUGGUCGACGACAUUUAUAGAUUCAUAAACAAGAAGAAUGUUAUAGAGGAGACUGCCGUGAAGAAUGAAUCGCAGUGGGCGUUGAAAGAGUUUGAAAUGCUAUUGGUGCAUGCGAUGAAUUUUGAAGGAUACGAUGAGCAUGACGAAGAACGUCCCACAUUUCAAUGGACGUUCUCUGGAGCACUCCUGUAUUCUAUUACUGUCUUCACAACGAUAGGAUACGGUCACAUUUGCCCGAAAACUGACACUGGACGUCUUCUGACAAUUCUCUAUUCGGUACUCGGAAUCCCUUUGAUGCUUCUUUGUUUGGCUAACAUUGCAGAAACAUUGGCGCAGGUAUUCACCUACAUCUACUUCAAACUUUGUUGUGCCUAUUGUCGCUGGCAGAAGAAUAGAAGACGUGUGAGAAGGGCGGCACUAAGUUUCAGAUAUCAUCCAAAUGCAGCUGUGAACGUUCGGAGAGUUCAGAGCUCUCGAAGUGCUCAAAGGCACAAUACUGUCCGUCGGCAUGCAUCGUUGAAUAGAUCCAGGACAAGAAGUAACGAUACGAAAUCCGUGCGAAGUUUUAAUCGAUACGAAACCACAAAUGCUCAAUUAUCAAAUCAACCCCCUCGAUUCGAUACAAUGUCUCUGCCAGGAAGACGAAAAAUCAGUGCCCAAAGUCGAAGUCCAAAUGGAACAAUGCCUCGACUUCCGAAUUUCCCCGUUCAAAAACGAAGUUUCAGAGGAGCACAUCUUCAAAAAUCAAAUACAGCAAUUAAUAUGGAACAGUUGUAUACAGAUGAUAAGAGGAGUCGAAGGGGACGGCAUGCAGUUAGUGAAAGUCCUGCCAGGGAAUAUAAAGGAGGACUUUUAGUCCGCGCACAGCACCAACCAGAAGAAGGUGUUGUCGAACUGAAGGCGUACGGUGGCUCUGCAGCCGCUUUCCACGAUCUGGUGACCAGAAAACAACGACGAGACGAUGCAGUUCCAAACGUCAUAAUUUCAAGAACCAGAGAUGAAGAUGUGAAAUCUGACCCAGAGAAAACCGAGGAGACAAGCAUGUCACUGACGGAUGACGAAGAUAUGCAGAAGCCACCAAGAAGAAACAAUUCGGCAAGGGAAUUGAGGGAAAAAGAAAUGAUGAUGAUGCAUUCGAUGACACAUAAACAGCCAAGCAUGGAUAGUAGUACAUCCAGAAGAAUGAGAGAUAUCGAUGGAAGAAGUUAUCGAUCGGAUAGGUCAGAAAGAUCCGAUGAGAUGUCACUUCAUUCGUUGAGAAGAAAUGGCCAUCGAGCUCAUGAAAAAAUGCCAGUGAGCGUCGGAAUCUGCAUCGUUUUUGCGUUUAUAUCUGGCGGUGCCUGGCUGUUUGCCUGGUGGGAAAAUUGGAACGGAUUUGAUGGAGCAUACUACUGCUUCAUCACAUUGAGCACAAUUGGAUUUGGAGAUAUUGUGCCUGGUCAGGCUCUGGAUGAAGGGAGCCAAGAAAAAUUGGUUGUUUGUGCUCUUUAUCUUUUAUUCGGAAUGGCUCUGAUUGCCAUGUGUUUCAAAUUAAUGCAAGACGAUGUAGUGCAGAAAGCUAGGUGGCUCGGACAGAAGAUUGGAAUUCUGGCCAGGCCGUUCGAGCUGUCUCGUGAAAUUGCUAAACACGCAAUAUUCCUCUUCGGAUAUUCGAUAUCAAUUCGAGACGAAUCAUCAGAAUCAGAAUCCGAUUUUGAUGAGGAUGAUAUGAUAGAAGAGGAUGAGGAAGAUGGAAGUGAGGGAAGGAACGAUCAGGUAUAUGAUAAACGAACGAUUUCAUCAGGAUCAUCGAAACAAAAUGAUGAGUAUAUUCAUCCGAGGAAGUAUCAUCAUCAUCAUAGGAGAUAG